CCGCCCCGGCGGUGAGCGCAGGCGGCCCUGCCACCGCACCUGCAAGGCGCUAGCUGCCUGCAACCGCUCCGCGCUGCUAGACCCCAGCCCUUCGUCGCUUUCGCCUUGCGGUCGAUGACUCCCUAGACCCCUGGCCUACGACCAUGACCACGUCCCUGCAAGACGGGCAGAGCGCCGCGGGCCGGGCGGGCGCCCAGGACUCGCCGCUGGCAGUGCAGGUGUGCCGCGUUGCCCAGGGCAAGGGAGACGCCCAGGACCCGGCGCAGGUUCCCGGACUGCACGCGCUGUCCCCCGCCUCCGAUGCGACCCUCCGCGGUGCCACAGACAGGAGAAAAAUGAGAGAUCUGGAUGUUCUGGAAAAGCCACCCAUUCCCAACCCCUUUCCUGAGCUCUGCUGUUCUCCACUUACGUCUGUGCUGUCAGCAGGCCUGUUUCCCAGAGCAAAUUCAAGGAAGAAGCAGGUGAUUAAAGUUUACAGCGAGGAUGAAACUAGCAGAGCAUUAGAGGUGCCCAGUGACAUCACAGCCCGAGAUGUUUGCCAGCUGUUGAUCCUGAAGAACCACUAUGUGGACGACAACAGCUGGACCCUUUUUGAGCACCUGUCUCACACAGGUUUAGAAAGAACCGUAGAGGACCAUGAGCUGCCGAUUGAAGUGCUGUCUCACUGGGGAGUGGAAGAAGACAAUAAGCUGUAUCUUAGAAAGAAUUAUGCCAAAUAUGAAUUUUUUAAGAACCCAAUGUAUUUCUUUCCAGAGCACAUGGUGUCUUUUGCAGCUGAAAUGAAUGGUGACAGAUCCCCUACACAGAUACUGCAGGUUUUCUUAAGCUCCAGCACGUAUCCUGAAAUCCAUGGCUUCUUACAUGCGAAGGAACAGGGAAAGAAGUCUUGGAAAAAAGCUUACUUUUUUCUCAGAAGAUCUGGCUUAUAUUUUUCUACUAAAGGCACAUCCAAGGAACCACGGCAUUUGCAGCUUUUCAGUGAAUUCAGCACUAGUCAUGUUUAUGUGUCACUGGCAGGCAAAAAAAAACACGGAGCGCCAACUCCCUAUGGAUUCUGCUUAAAGCCUAACAAAGCAGGAGGGCCCCGGGACCUGAAAAUGCUCUGUGCAGAAGAAGAGCAGAGCAGGACGUGCUGGGUGACUGCCAUUAGACUGCUGAAGUAUGGCGUGCAGCUGUAUCAGAAUUAUAUGCAUCCAUACCAAGGUAGAAGCGCCUGCAAUUCUCAGAGCCUAUCACCCAUGAGAAGCAUAUCAGAGAAUUCCCUAGUAGCAAUGGACUUCUCAGGUCAGAAGAGCAGAGUCAUAGACAACCCCACUGAAGCUCUUUCGGUUGCUGUUGAGGAAGGUCUUGCUUGGAGGAAAAAAGGAUGUUUACGCCUGGGGAAUCAUGGGAGUCCCAGGGCCCCCUCCCAGAGCUCUGCUGUGAACAUGGCUAUCCAUCGGUCCCAGCCAUGGUUUCACCACAGAAUUUCCAGAGAUGAGGCCCAGCAGCUGAUUAUUCGGCAGGGGCCUGUGGAUGGAGUUUUCUUGGUCCGGGACAGUCAGAGUAACCCCAGAACUUUUGUGCUGUCAAUGAGUCAUGGACAAAAGAUAAAACACUAUCAGAUUAUACCCGUGGAAGAUGAUGGUGAGCUGUUCCACACUCUGGAUGAUGGCCAUACGAAGUUCACAGAUCUCAUCCAGCUGGUGGAGUUCUACCAGCUCAACAGGGGGGUCCUCCCUUGCAAGCUGAAGCAUUACUGUACAAGGAUGGCUGUUUAGGCAAACUGUGUGUCACUCGUUAAACUACGGAAGAAGAAGGAUGCAAAGAAGAAUGAUUAGAGAGAGAGAGAGAGGGGGAGAGAGAUCACAAGGCUGAAAACAAAUCAUGGUGAAAAGAAGAUUUCACCUGUGGGUUACAAAAAAAAUAGGUCACGCAUUGCAAAUUAGUGAAGACUUGGAUUCUUAUUAUACUCAUGACUUUAAAUUUAUUAGUUAAAAUUAAACCUUAUUAAAAAA